CAGACAGCGAUAACCAAAACAUUCGUAAGACAUGAAGAAGAGAGUAAUAAUUAUAAAAAAGUGUAAUUGUGUGCUGCCCUUCCUCCAACUCCUUGAACUUUGACUCUCCGUGUCAAAAUUAACCCUUGUACUCGUGCUUUCUGUUGUGUUUUUGUCGCUCUAUUUUGUAAAAAAAUGAAUGAAAAUGAUGCUGCGAAAAAGGUCGCCGGCAAGCGAAAUUCGGUGGCGUUCGAUCGGCAGGAUCCAGGCCAGCCGAGAUACACCUUCUCCGGACGCGUGCAGGAGCUAAUCGAGGGAUACAAUUCGGCCGUGCAGCUGCUGGCGCCCAAGUGGCCCUGGUUCUUCUUUCCCGGAUAUCUCACUUACGCCGUAUACUGGCGUUAUGCCAAAUAUUACAAGGGCAAGUUGCUUCUGACCCCUAUUCCGAAUCGCCUCUACGAACUGCUAAUCAAGAACGAACUGAUAAAAUCGGAGCAUCUGGUCUUUGUCAGCCAGGACUUAUACGACAGCUAUGCGGAGUCGCCGGACGUUAAUUUUGUCAACUUGGUUAUUCGUGGUAAUGGCAGGGGAACGAGCAAUCAGACAGCAAGUGAAAAGUCCGCGUCCCAAACCGUUAUCAAACAAAUGCUGCAGGAAGCGCCGCACACCAUAGUGGUCCAGGUACUGCCGGUGGCCCAGUGUCAACCGAAUUGUCUGUAUGUGCAGGAAAACUUCUACGGCAAUAUCAUGGACCGUUUUCGCAUCCGCUCCAACUGCUGGGUGCAGAUGGAACACUUUGCCGAUGAGCAGACCAUACCCGGCAUAGCGACCAAGGCGCAUGUAUACAUGCUGACCGAUCCGCACGAACUACCCGCCGAACUGACUGAGCUUAUCCUGAGCAACUACUUCAGCACCCCGCGCCUCCUGCAUCGCGGUCACACUUACCGCAUCGAGGUGAAUGCAGACUUGGUGGGCACCGCUUCCUAUGCGCACUAUUACCUGAUCUUCGCCUACCUUCAUCACGUCCACUUCAAGUGCAUUCAUUUGGAAACAAAGGGCAGCGAGUUCGAGCUGCAGGCGGUAGUGGCCAAGAGCUUUAGCAACCUGAUUCAAGUGCCAUCUCUCCACAGUUUUCUUCCGCGCCAAGUGCUAGACAACUUUGCCAUCGUUGAGAACUAUCCCAGCGGACUUCGGAGGCCUUAUCAACUCCUGCGGUCGUCGGUUGACGCCUUUCUGCCCAAGAAGUCCGCCUGUCUGUCUUCCAAGCAUAUUUUCCCCGUGUUCCUCCUACAAGGAGAGCGGGGCUCUGGCAAAACGAAGCUCAUCAAUGCCGUGGCCCAGGAGCUGGGCAUGCAUCUGUAUGGAGCGGACUGCGCGGAGAUUGUCUCGCAGGUGCCCUCGCACACGGAGAUGAAGCUUAAGGCAGUCUUCGCCAAGAGCCAAGUUAGCGAGCCGCUCCUGAUUUGCUUCCAUAACUUUGAGAUCUUUGGCAUCGACAACGAGGGCAACGAGGAUCUGCGUCUGCUUUCGGCUUUCCAUGUGCAGGUCCAAGAGCUCUUUACUAAGGAUCGAAAGCAUCCCGUGGUGGUGGUGGCCUUAACUAGCGACAAACAUCUGAAGCCUAUGAUUCAGAGCCUCUUCUUGGAGAUCAUCAGCAUAGAUAUGCCUAGCAAGGAGGAGCGAUUCGAAAUUCUGCGCUGGAUGCAUGUGCGGGAAACCUUCAAUGAUAUAAUCCACAACCAAAAGGCCAGCGACCGCCUGCCUUUGUUCUCGAGAGAAAACCAGGCGCAAUUUAUGUCACGCGUCAGUCCCAAUUGGAGAGAUACCAUCAAAGUGCUCCAGGAGGUAGCGACCAAGUCACAGGGCUUCCUCUUGGGCGACCUGCAGCUGCUCUACGACAGUGCCAUUCGUCUGAAGAGCCGCCAACGACGCGGUAGGAGCACUUUGGAUCUCUCACACUUCGCCAAGAAUCUAAGCGAUAUGCAGAGCUCGUUUGCUGAUAGUUUGGGUGCACCCAAAGUGCCGAAGGUGUACUGGUCGGAUAUCGGCGGUCUGGCGAAACUGAAGGACGAGAUCCAGAGCAGCAUUGGGCUGCCGCUUAAGCAUGUUCACCUCAUGGGCAAGAACUUGAGACGAUCGGGAAUUCUCCUCUACGGCCCACCGGGAACGGGCAAGACUUUGGUGGCCAAGGCCGUAGCCACCGAGUGCAACUUGAGCUUUCUCUCCGUUCAGGGGCCAGAGCUCCUCAACAUGUACGUGGGCCAGAGCGAACAAAAUGUGCGAGAGGUGUUCUCCCGUGCCCGGUCAGCAGCGCCUUGUGUCCUCUUCCUGGACGAACUGGACUCCCUGGCACCUAAUCGAGGUGUGGCCGGUGAUUCUGGAGGCGUUAUGGACCGCGUGGUCUCGCAACUGCUAGCCGAGAUGGAUGGCAUGAGCAAUGGCGACACUAGCAAGCCUAUCUUCAUCCUGGCAGCCACCAACCGUCCGGAUUUGAUUGACCCCGCCCUUUUACGACCUGGUCGCUUUGACAAGCUCUUCUAUGUUGGUCCCUGCUCCACAGCCGAUGACAAGGCAGCCGUGCUGCGGGCCCAGACACAGCGGUUUGCCCUGGCUGAUGGCGUGAACAUGGACGAGAUUGCGGAGCAACUGAAAAGUGAGAUGAGCGGAGCAGAUCUGUACUCUAUCUGUUCGAAUGCUUGGCUUUCGGCCGUGAGACGCAUUAUAGACAGGCACUUGAGCGGGGCCAUAACGGAUGAGGAACUGCAGCCGGAGAACGUCGUCGUGCAGUCUGAAGACUUCACCAGGUCUUUUAGCAAGUUCGUGCCCUCGAUUAGCGCAAAGGACCUGGAGUACUUCAACAACCUUAAGGCGACGUACAGCGUUUAGAGCUCCCAAAAAUGGUUAACUAGUUUUAAGAGUGAGUUUUUUACAGACAUUUUCGUUGUUUUUUAAAUAAACCCGUUGAUAGUUCACAA